AUGUCCGUCUCGCUGUCCUCGGAGUUGUCGUCUCCGCCCUCCUUGACACAAGAUUCUACCCUCUAUUCGGAAUACAGUCCAGACGAGGAGCCACAGACCCAGAUUCGAGCUCAGGCCGAGCCCAAGACAAAACCUGCAUCCACAAAGUCAUCAUUUCUCAAGUACCCGGCCGACAUCCAGCGUCUUACACGCCGCGGUCUUUGCACCUAUGGCAUCAACACGGGCCCAGUGCCAGAUGACACGAACUGGGCCAAGCUUACUGUUCCUAUGCUUAAGGAGCAGCUUGCCAUGCGUGAGAUGCCGGACGAUGGGAAGAAGAGUAUUCUCGUCGAGAGGCUCGAGAACUUGAGCACGUACAAGCCUGAGGUCGUUGCCAUCAGAGACGCUCCUAACGACAAGCCAUUCGGCCCUAUCUCCAAGAACACCAGCAGCAACGGCGAGAAGCGCUUCUUUGUUGACACAGCUGACAAGAGCCACGUUGGUUCUGUCAAGAAAGCGAUGAAGGAAGACAUGUUUGUGAUCAAGCAGUCCAACGAUUUCGAUGGUGUAGUCAGCAUCGGCAUCCGUGGGGCUGGACCCGAUACGUACGAGGUUAUUAUCGGAACAAAGACCUCAUGCACCUGCUCGAGCAUAAUGUUCAGACCUCGCAGCAAUUGCAAACAUAUAAUCUACGUCCUGACGCAUGUCUUCCGGGCACCUGCAGAGCUACUCCCACAGAGAACGCUCUUUUCCGGAGAGAUCGAGAGGCUCUUCGAGUGUGCCCCUAAAGUCCGCUUCACAGCAGCGGAGGCCAGUCAAGACCCCGGACGGUAUUGCGAAGUCCAAGGACGGCAAAUCAUGCCCUGUCUGCUUCAAAGAUUUUGGCGAGGCAGGAACGGUAUGCUGCGUUAA